UGGGAAGUAUCCCGGGCUGGGGGUGGGGGUUCGCCGCACAUCUCCUGUCGCCGUCGCGGCUUCCGGUGCUAGGUGGAGGGAAGGAAGGAGGGAGCGGAGGAGCGGGCCAGCGGACCAGCUUCGCCGCGGUCGGCUCGGGGAGCGGGGAGGCAGCGGCCCGAGAGCCAGGCGGAACCUGCGGGGGCGGAGGUGGCGGUGGCAGCGGCAGCAGCGGCAGCCGCGGCGCCCGGAGCAGGAACAGGAAGUCCCAGGAUUCCCGGAACAGAAAAUGAAGCCAUUGCUUACGCCAGUCCUUUGAAAGAACGGGGAGGUGGGGAGGAUCAAGCCCUCCAUACCAGGGACCAGGCUAAACCCAGACUACCACUGCCCCUCCUUGGGCCUCACUGACCUCAGAAAGCAGCCACUGUAAUCAUGGGCAAUAUCUUUGGAAACCUUCUGAAGAGCCUAAUUGGGAAGAAGGAGAUGCGCAUCCUGAUGGUGGGCCUGGAUGCUGCUGGGAAGACCACCAUCCUGUAUAAGCUGAAACUGGGGGAGAUUGUCACCACCAUCCCUACCAUUGGGUUUAAUGUGGAAACAGUGGAAUAUAAGAAUAUCAGCUUCACAGUAUGGGACGUAGGUGGCCAGGACAAGAUUCGGCCCCUCUGGAGACACUACUUCCAGAACACCCAAGGCUUGAUAUUUGUGGUGGACAGCAAUGAUCGGGAGCGAGUAAACGAGGCCCGAGAGGAGCUGAUGAGGAUGCUGGCAGAGGAUGAGCUCCGGGAUGCUGUGCUCCUUGUGUUCGCAAACAAGCAGGAUCUGCCGAACGCUAUGAACGCUGCUGAGAUCACAGACAAGCUGGGGCUGCACUCUCUGCGUCACCGCAAUUGGUACAUUCAGGCCACCUGUGCCACCAGCGGGGACGGGCUGUACGAAGGCUUGGACUGGCUGGCCAAUCAACUCAAAAACAAGAAGUGAGAGCCAGGCAGCCCGAUCUGACUGCCCCACCCACUCCUGACACGUCCCUGUUGUCUCCCUACCAUAUUUCCCCUUCCUUCCUCUUGAAAGUGUGGCCAAGUCCUGGGUCUCAUGUUUACGUGCCCAGCAAGAGCCUUGCCUCCUGUGACUCCCUCCCUUCCUCCCUCCCUGCCACUGACAUGAUCAGUCCCCCACUGCUGUCCUGAUGAUGAUCAUUCCAAUUUACUGGAUUUAAAACAAACGAGGCUGUUAUGGUUUCCUGGGGUGGUCUCCCUGCUGGGCUUCAGGAGGAAGAGUGGGCUCUUCUUUCCGGUUGCUGUUCGGCACGGGCUGCUGUGCUCUGGCAUCCGAGUCCUUCCCUGUCUCCCUGGCCACUCUCCCCUUCUUCCUGUCCUUCUAACCCUCUCCUAUUCUACAUGGAAAUUGCACGGGCCUCUCUGUGUGUGCGUGCAUGUGUGCGCCUGUAUAUACGUGUAUAGAGAGAUGUAUAUGUGGGGGUCGGGGAGGGAGUGGAGCGCAGCUCAGGGCUUGCGGCCAGGACACUGCCCAGUGGAGCGUGCCGUCUGCCUCUGUUGGUGAGAUCAGGGGAAGUGGGUGGGUCCCAUGGCUUUCGUCUCCGCAGCUGGUGUUCCUGGAUGUUAGGACAGAUGGUGGACUCUGCAACCGUCUUCCUUAUAUCUCUUCUCCCCCCUUACGAGUGCAGGAAAUGGCAUUUCUCUCUAGAUGACUGUUCCUAGGAGAUGCCAUUCUGUGCUGCCUCAUUGGUAGGAAGGAGAGAGGGACCCGCUCACUUUGAUCAGUCCUCCCCACCAUCAUGAGAUCCUCCCCAGAAGCUCAGAGGGAGGUGGGUUAGUGGGACCUGCAUGUCGAGGGGUGGAGUGUGGUCUAUUUCCAUCUUGUUCUUGUUACUAGAAGGUAAGGUGUGGAGCAUCCUGCCUCUGCCCUCCUGGACCUUCCUCAGUCUUCCGAUCUUGGGGCUGGGUGGCUCCAUCUGUCCUUGGGCAGAUUCUCUCACCUAGUUGGCC